AUGAGUAUGAUACAAAAUGGAGGGCUGUGGAAAAACAGCGAGGAUGAGAUACUUAAAGCAGCUGUAAUGAAGUAUGGCCUCAAUAAUUGGUCAAGAGUAGCCUCUCUUCUAAUUAUGAAAUCUGCUAAACAGUGCAAAUCUAGAUGGUAUGAAUGGCUAGACCCGAGAGUGAAGAAAACUGAAUGGUCAAGGGCAGAAGAAGAAAAAUUGUUACAUUUAGCUAAACUUUUUCCUUGCCAGUGGAGGACUAUAGCACCUUUAGUUGGAAGAACAGCUCAUCAAUGCUUGGAGCACUAUGAGCUAUUGCUUGAUAGAGCAACAGGACAACAAAUACCAAAAGAGCUGGAUCCUAGAUUAUUAAAACCUGGAGAAAUAGAUCCAAAUCCAGAGACAAAACCAAGUAAACCUGAUUCUAUAGAUAUGGAUGAAGAAGAGGUUGAGAUGUUGGCAGAAGCAAGAGCCAGACUAGCUAAUACUAAUGGCAGAAAAGCAAAGAGAAAGGCUAGAGAGAGGUAUUUAGAAGAAGCUAGAAGAAUUGCUAUGCUCCAAAAGAGAAGAGAGCUAAAAGCUGCUGGUAUGCUUUCUCAUGCUUCUAUUAUGAGAUAUAGAAAAAAGAAAUAUAAAGGGGUUGAUUACUUAAAUGAAAUUCCCUUUGAAGAAGUACCAGAAGAAGGUGCAUUUAAAAUGGAUAAAGAUUCCAUAAAAACUGAAAAUAGAGUUUCAUAUGCAGAACUUGAGGGAUUAAAGAUUAAGUCAAAGAGUGAAAAUUUAAAAAACAAGAAUGACAAGUCAAAAAUAUCUGGAAAAGGAAAUCAAAACAAAAAAUCCGUGGAGUUUAAGUUUGAGGAACCAAACAGAAUAGUUGUAAAGAAAAGAAAAUUGGAGCUUCCAAAACCUCAACUAACAUUAAAUGACGUUAAGAUUAUUUCAAAUAUGAAUUUUGAGAUAGAAAAUGACUCAGAUUCAGUAUUGAAAUAUUCAGAAAGCACUUCAAUGCCUUCUAAAGUUUUUAACUCAGUGAUUGAACCACAAAAAGGUACAAUCAUUGAGAAAUCCAGAGCCAUAUUAAUGGAUAUUUCACAGCCAAGCCCUUUUAAUCAAUUAGAAAUGGAUAAAUUUACUAUUCCAAGUAAUGAAAUUGGAGAUUUACAAGAUGAAAAGUUUAACAGAGAGAUGAAUUUAAGCUACAUUUCUAAAAGAGUCAAGAAUUUGAAUGAUUUAAAUUCUUCUAAAAGCAACAUCUCCACUAUAUUAGGUCAUCGAACUUUGAGUGAUAGAUUUAGCUUAAAUUCUAAUUCAGUAAUUGGAGACCAAGGUAGUAUUUCUUCUAUGGAUCCAAUUGGAAGAAAAGCCAGGUUUGAAAUGUAUAAAAUGCAAGCAAAAUCCCUACUUUAUGAUCUUCCUCCUGCAAAAAACAAAGUAGAAGUAGAUUUGGAAUUUCUUAAUAAGCAGUUUUUAGACAAGCAAAAAAAAUUCAAAGAAAGAGAAAAUAACAAGAAGAUAGAUCAAAUGGAUAUCCAACGAGAAAACCUAAUUAAAGAAGAGGAGAGAAAAAGACUCCAAUGGGAAAAGGAAACUCAAGUUAUUAAACUUGGAUUGCCGAGACCAUAUUUGCUUAAGGAGAAUGUAUUUUCAAGAAUGGAUCAAGAACAGCAUGAAAAUGACAUAAAUAAAGAGCCAAAUCAUAAACAAAUUUCGGAUCUUAUUAAUAAAGAAAUGCUUUACUUAUUUUAUAAAGAUAUGAGAAAUCACCCACAACAAAUACCAGGGUUUAUUUCAGACAUUUAUGGAGAUGAGUUAUUCCAAAAUAUGACAAAAGAUUUCACCAAGCUUUUAGACCCUGUUAUUAUCAAUUUUGAUGAGUCUUUAACUAUUAAAGAGAUGGAAAGUAUGUCUAAGUUAAUUAAUGAUGAAAUUCUUAAUUUGGUUUCGGAUCCCAAUAAUAAAAACUUAAAUAUAGAUCUGGAAAAUAUCGUUUCAAAUUCUAUUUAUGAUCCUAAAUACGUAUAUGUACCUUACAAGAAAGAAUUCAUGCUUUUAAAGGAACUUUCUGAGACACAUAAAGAAUCUGCAUUUAAGAAUAUCUUAUUCCAUCUUAAUCUUGAAAAUGAUAUAGUAAAACAAGAAAAUUCACAAAUUAUUGAUGAACUAGAAGAUAAUCUUUCCAUGGUUAUUUCAGAAUCAUUUGCCUUAGAAAAGGAAAUAUGUCAAAUUAUUACAACUAAUUCUGAAUUAAAAGCUGAUAUUAAUGCUUUAAUGCUUUUAGAAAAACAAGAUCAAACUUCUUACGUAAAUAGAAUAGAAGAUCUAAAGCAACUUAUUAACUACGAAAAAAACCUAAAUAAAUCUCUUCAAAAAUUCUACUAUAACUUAAGCUUAUCAUCUUAG